AUGUUCCUCUCCUCCGCCCUCACCCUCCUCACCCUCGCCUCCACGGCCUUCGCCCACCCAUCUCUCACCCCCCGCGAUGCCCAAACCGUCCACCUCACCUUCCACGGCGGCCCGGCCUCGUACUCGAUGGAAUUCGCCGCAGAUGGUGUAGUCCAUCAAACCAACAACGACAUCGCCGUUAGCAUCAUCGACGCCCCAGACUACUUCGCCCAAAGCAACUGCCACUUCGUUACAGACGGCCCCGUCGCCUUCGUAUCCUCCAUCUCGCCUCAAGGCGUCCAGCAGCUCCUCGUCGGCCCUCCUCAGCCGAUUCGUUCCGUGAGCUGCUCGGGAGUCUGUCUCCCCACCUACUCUGAUUGCUACAUCAAUGGCCAACCUCAGGGUACCUGCUGCGCCGGCUACUGUGCCGCUAACAAGUGCCGCCCCUGGGUUAACCCCUACGCUUAA